AAGGUCCUUGUCAACGUCUUUGAUAUCCGGGGAUCCCAUGAGAUUGUGAAAAGAGUUCGGAAAUUGGCUUCGGUUUUAUUCAUAAUACUCUUCUGCAUGCUAACACUCUAAUCAAUAGACUGCAGAAUGAUUUGAUGCAUGUCUUGACUUCUUCCUUGUACGCUUGUCUAUGAAGUAUCUGCUUCUAUUUAUUAGCUACGAAAAAACAUGACAGAAGAAAACACAUUUGGAACAUUGCUCCCAAAAUCAAAAUGAAGAGUUUUUCACUCUUAGCCUCAAGCCACUCAAAAGUCAAAACCCCCUCCUCGACCUUCUUAAACCCCAAACCCCAAAUCCAAAUCCUCCUGAGCCGCCACCUCUGCACAAAUCCCAAUUCCAAUCCGAACCAACCACCCCAAGACGACGAUUCCCUCAUAACCCAAGUCCUCCAACUCCUCCGACCCAAUGAGAAAGACUGGAACUUUGACCAACUCCACACCCUCCUCUUCCCCAACUCAACCUCUCCCUCUCCUCGCUCCCUUUUCCUCAUCACUCGCCGCCUCGGCGCUCCUUCUAAAGCCCUCAAGUUCUUCGAUUACGUCUCCAAAAACGUGGCCGGAACCCCUCCAGGAUCCAAGGCUCUGCUCUCCUCCGCAUUCCAGGCCCUUCUGGAGCUCACAUUGCGAGAGCCCACGUCGGAAAACAAGCUCUAUUAGCUUUACAAGAUGGCCAAGGACCGGAAUGUCCCGCUGAAUCUCAAGGCCGCAGGUCUGCUUGUUCGGUCCAUGGGGAUGGCUGGGAUGGAGGACGAGGCUCUCAUAGUGUUUAACGAGCUUCAUUUGGGGUUGAAAACUACUCACAUUCGCAAUGUGGUGAUUGGGAUGUUGCUCAAGAAUGGGCUAGCAGAUAGGGAGCAGAUAGAGAGCAGAUAGGGAAGAAAUUGUGGAGUUGGUGUCGAGAUUUGGUAAGCAUGGUGUGUUUCCUAAUAGCACGAUACUUACGAAAUUGGUCACUGUUUUGUGUAGGAAUAAGAAGUUUGGUAUUGCUUGGGAUGUUUUGCAUGAUGUCAUGAAGAUGGGUGGUGCUGUGGAAGCUGCUCCGUGCAAUGCGCUUUUGACAGCUUUGGGGAGAGGUAAUGAUUUUAAGAGGAUGAGUGAGCUUAUGGCGAAGAUGGAAGAGAUGGGCAUUAAGCCCGAUGUUAUAACUUUUGGUAUUCUUAUUAAUCGGUUAUGCAAGUCUAGGAGAAUAGAUGCUGCCUUGGAGGUGUUUGAAACGAUGAGUGGAGGGGUAAAGGGGGUUUCCGCUGAACCAGAUGUGAUCGUCUAUAACACUCUGAUUGAUGGACUUUGCAAAGUGGGAAGGCAGGAAGAAGGAUUGCGUUUGAUGGAAAGGAUGAGAUCGCAAGGCGGCUGUGCUCCUAAUACUGUUACCUACAAUUGUUUGAUUGAUGGUUUCAACAAAGUUGGGGACAUUGAGAGGGGCCGUGAGCUCUUUGAUAAAAUGAAGGAAGAAGGGAUACCACUAAAUGUGGAGACCCUUAAUACUUUGCUUGAUGGUCUGUGCAGGCAUCGGAGACUCAACACUGCAUUUGACUUCUUCAAUGAAAUGCAGAGGGAUGGUCUGAAAGGCAAUGCUGUCACUUACACAAUCUUAAUCACUUCCCUUUGUAAUGUGAACAAUAUUAGCAAGGCAAUGGAGUUGUUUAAUCAGAUGUUGAGCGCUGAAUGUCCCACAGAUGCAAUAGUUUACCACUGCUUGAUCUCUGGUUUAAGCCAAGCUGGAAGGAUGGAGGAUGCCAGCUUUGUUGUUUCGAAGUUGAAGGAGGCUGGUUUCUCUAUGGAUAUCGUUUCCUACAAUGUUAUGAUUAAUGGGUUCUCCAGUAAAAAUAAGCCUGAUAAGAUUCAUGAGAUGAUUGAGGAAAUGGAGGCGUCUGGAGUGAAGCCUGAUAGCGUAACAUACAACACGUUGCUUGCCUACUUAAGCAAAGCUGAGGACUUCAAAAGUGCACAUAAAGUACUUGACAGGAUGAUGGAUGAGGGUAUUCAACAGUCAAAUCUCCUUGGUAUCUCUUUCUUCUCAUGAAUUUUGUUUAAACAAAGAAGUAUCUUCCCUUUUGCAGGUUACCCCUAAAUUCCGAAGCAGUUUGCACAAGUUGGAGAUGUCAUCAACAAAGCUCUAGUAGAGUACAAGGAAGAAGUGACUUGUGGGAAAUUUCCGGGCGCUGCCCAUUGCCCAUACAAAAUUAAUCCUGCUGAUGUUGAUGGCUUUUUAAGCGAGUUACGUACAAAAUAAUGGGUUUGGACAAGGCUACAUCUGCGGCCACUGAAGCAGCCGAGAAGAUAUACACAAGCAAAUCAGAGUAACUGGCAAUGACCCAGAGGCUCAUGUGAGUCAAAAGUUGGAUUUUGAAGUAAAGGGUCGCAAUGUGAAAAUGUGAAAUAUCUAAUGAGUCUUGCAUUGUCUUCAUGAUAGUCAGCGUUAUCUUACAAUAGUUUGAAGGAGCAGAAUGCCACCUUCCCCUUUGACAUUUCUCCGUAAGAGUGUAGGUAUCCAUUGAAUGAAGUUUGGUUCCAUUCUGAGUUGCAAAAGAAAGGUUCUUCUUGUUUAAUGUUGUGUUUAGAAUUCGGAAGCAACUUCAGUUAUUAAGAUUUGAAUAUCAGUACCAGAAUCA